CUUUGAUAAGGAUGUGGGAUCCAACAGGAGGAUACAGGAGUUUGACAGGCUAAUUUUCCUCUUCAUAUGGCAACAGAGUCGGUGAAAUGUACGUGUGUUUGGCUGCUGUUGUGGCUCUGUGUCCGGCUGUCCCAGACCACAAAUACCCGCGUCCCUAAGGGAAAGGGGUUUUUGUAGCUCUUAUUUUUGGAGAUGUGGGAAUGUUUUUCUUCCUCACAGAGAGCCAAUGGGACACACUGAGCUACUAAAGGAGAGUCUAUGGACGAUGACAUCCUGCUGCCCUACUCACAAGGCCACGGCCCCUCCCACUCUCAUCGCUACGUCAGGGAUUGUCAACCCAUUAUUCAUGGCAACACCACCUAUGAGAGCUGGCCCUCCAGUAACCGCAGUGGGCAGCCGGUUGCUGAGACCAAGUUGUUUGUGUCGAAUAUCCCUGGGAGCUCCAGAAUUGUUUAUGGACACAUGACAGUGGUCAACGACCCCCUGAGGACGGUGUCCGUGCUGGAGCCAGGGGGGCCAGGCGGCUGCGAAAUGAAAGUGAGGACAACAGUACGAGAGACGGCUGAAGAGGCUGAGUGCCUAUAUGCGCAAAAUGCUGGUUUCUUCAAUACAUCAACAGGGCAUUGUCUGGGAAACGUGGUGAGCAACGUCAGGGUGGUACUGGACAGCGGGGGCCUGCAAAAUGCCCAGUUUGGAAUCAGAAAAGACGGCAGCCUAGUGUUUGGGUAUCUAUCUCAGGAUGACGUUUUGGAUCAGUCCAAUCCGUUUGUCCAAUUAGUCAGCGGGGUGGUGUGGUUACUGAGAAACGGCGAGAUUUACAUCAAUGAGAGCAUUGAGGCCGAGUGCGACAAGACACAGGAAACAGGGGGUUUCCGCACUUUUGUGGAUGUAGUUUCAGCCAGGACGGCAGUGGGCCACGAUGAACAGGGAAGGUUAAUCCUGUUUCAUUUUGAUGGACAGACAAACACAAGAGGUUUGAAUCUUUGGGAGAUGGCUGAUUUCCUGAAGGAGCAUGGAGUGAUCAAUGCCAUUAAUCUGGAUGGGGGCGGGUCUGCCACCUAUGUGAAUAAUGGCGUUUUGGCCAGCUAUCCAUCUGAUCAUUGUAUUUCAGAUAACAUGUGGCGCUGUGAGCGAAAGGUCUCCACUAUCCUGUGUAUCCAUAAAAGAAGAUGCCAGCCAGCGAACUGCAGCGAGCACGGUGACUGUGUGGACGGACACUGUCAGUGUCAUGAUGGUUGGCAGGGUGCUGCCUGUGACUCUUUGGUGUGUCAGCCAUCAGCUUGCGGACCCCAUGGCGUCUGUACUGCCAAUGGCUGUGUCUGUGAUGCUGGUUGGAGAGGAAAGAACUGCAGCCAAGAGUGCCUCGCUGGUUUCUAUGGUGACGGCUGCAAUCAGACCUGCUCCUGUGUUAGUGGCGGUUCCUGCGACCCCGUCCAUGGACGCUGCACCUGCCCUCCAGGUUUCCAUGGCAACUACUGUGAGCAAGUGUGUCCUCUGGGUUUCUACGGUCUGUCCUGUGCUCAGGAGUGUCAAUGUGAGGAUCGGUGUCCAUGUGACCCACAAACAGGAAGCUGCAACACCACACUGCCAGGAGGCACCAACUACACCUUACACACAGCUGGACACUGCCUGGCUAGAAAGAUGUUUACAUCUUGGAGGCAAGAAGAAGACGCUCACAGAGAGCGGCCUUAUUUGACUGAGCAAACCUGGCUGAUCAUCACCCUCACCCUGGCUACUGUCCUCUCAGCCAGCCUGCUGGUUCACCUCAUACAGGCGUGUCGUGCUGUUUCAGUGGCAUCUCACAUUCCCGAGCGCAAGGAUUAUUCGUACGUCCCACUGAACAACAUCAACAGAGUCACUUCAUGUGCCACAGACAACAAUGAGAGAGCUGAGAAAGAUUUUCAAUUGGAGGACUCGGACUCUCAGGAUGAAAUUUGGUCUUCCUCACACUCAGGGCAGUCGUAGCUGUCAAGAGGACCAAGGAUAGUGAGUGAAGACAGUUAUUGCACAAAAAGACAACAGUGAACUCGGUAAUCCUCUGCUUUAUUUGCUCUUCUUAUCAAUGACAGGUUUCUAUCAACACUCCUGCUAAAAUGAAACCGAAACUAAAGGACAAAGCACAGCAGCUUUAUUGCAGUCUUUGACCCACAUACAUGCCUAAGGUUUUUGUAUACAGCUAUGGUACUUGAUCAGCAAUCUGAAUGUCUCCAUUCCACCUAAACUCCAGCAAAACCACAACUUGAAAAGUUGUGGUUUUGUGAAGAACUUUAAACUCUCGUCAGGAAACUGUAUUACAAGAUCGCAUUAAUGGGUUAUCCCACUUAAAUGUCAGUGAAUUAUCUUUCCCCUUAGUAUAAAACAGAUGGAUAUUUUUUCAUACCUGACUCUUUAGAAUUAGAUUUAAUUUUAACGCAUCAGCAGUAUUUUUAAGAUCAGUGAAGCUAUGUAACCAAAGAACACCCAGACUGUUGAGCUUAUUUUAUGAUACUGAUUCCUGAUAGGAUGAACUUUUCCGCGUGUUGCAAUGUAAUCAGAAGAAGAAGACAAAGAUGAAAACGUUUGGUGUUCCAAGCAAAAUGUGGUUCAAUCAGACAAUUUUUAAACAAGAUGAUAGAGUUUACUCAAUUUGCACUGAGCUCCAUGUCUGAAUGUCAAAUAUCUAUGAGAUAAAUGUGAAUAAUCCCUUUGAAUUUCUGUGUAAAAAGGUGCCAAUUUUAUAUUAAAUGUUAUUAAGAAAAUUAUUACUAUGUCAUUUAUAAGCAUAAUCGGACACCCAGAGUGUAUAUAUGAGAUGAUUUAUUUCUGUUUUAAGCGAAAUAAAGUAAAUAUCACGAUUCAGUUUUGGUUGUUCAAAGUAGAAAUCAUUUACUUUUGUUUCUAUGUUCACUUUCAACCUAACACAGUUGUCGGGGCCAUUAUACUCGCUGCUCUUGCACUCAGACAGCACCAUCAUGCAAAAGCAACGUCAUCUGGUCAGUGUGUUAGGAUUUAGCAUAGUAGCGUACUAAUAUUGUAUGCUAACUGGAACACCACCAUAGUUACUGACUGCUACAGUUGUUAGGAAAAAUAAAUGACAGAAAGAGUUGACCUUUUAGAAAAUCUGACUGCAAACACAGUGAGAUGUGUUUUAAAGCUUUUGAGUAAGCUAGCAAAAAGAUCUUGAGUUUUAAUUUUGCUGGUACUAUAGAAACUGGUCUCUAGAUUCUACCAAGCUUUAACAGUAGUAUUUUGGCCACUGACUUGUUGGUUUUGUGGCAUCUGAACUAAUCAUAUUUAGACAAGACGUUAUGGUACUAAGUUGUAAGCACACAGGCUUGGUUAGCAAACUGUAUCCAUAAACUGUAAUACGUUGACACAGAAAUCCACUAAUUAGUGCUAAUUAACGAACUAAAACUUCUCUCAUGAAAACUGAAGUGCAAACUUUUUGGACAGCCUCUACCUCACAAGAGGCCAUAUUAUCCAAUAGUAUGCAUGAAUUUAUACAAAAGCACCAACAGUACUCAGUUCAGAUCCGGUUUGAUGAUUUGAUCCAAUGCUAAAAAUGCUUUUAAUGUUGUAAAAUUGGGCAUUUUAACAUGAAAGUCUUCUGGAGCCAGCCUCAAGUGGCCGUCGGAGGAACUGCAGUUUUCAGUUCAGCACUGGAGUUUGCAGGUUCACUCCUAUACAAUAGCAUGUUUAGCAUUAGCCAAAAAGUAAAAUCAUCUUGUUAGCAUGCUAACAUCGUUGUAUUAGUGUCCUGCGUUAUAUAAAGAUUGUGUUUGCAUGGAAUUAGCUCCAGAAGUGACUUCUGUUGGCUGUUUGGGAAAAGUAGGUCUGACCACCAAAGUCAGUGGGAUUCUGGGGAUUCUGAGAGGAAUCCACCCAACAUUUAUCAAGAUGGUGAACCAACAGGAAAACAGGCUUAGCUUCUUCUGUUGCUAGUGGUUUUUGUGAAACUUAUAUUUCCUGUUUUCUUCAUUCUGCACUAACUAUCAAACAGCACAAAGAGAAGGCACUUGGUCAUUUUGAUGUUUUAAUUAACUGUUUAUGGAGUGAUUUUAUGCAUUAUGCCAACUGUUUAAACCUAUUUUUUAAGAAGCACUUGUCUUUUUUUCUCUUCACUGACUGGCCUUAUCCUGUCUUUGUUUAUUCGUUGUUCUGUAUCAGCAUUGUGUUUCCAUGAGGAAACUCUAGUGCUGCUACACAGUGACAACGUUUUAACUGUGCAGAGAUAAACAGGCUGAACCUUCACCUGCAGGUAACUGGGGCAUACAGUUGUCCUCGGACCUUAACCAUGAGCUGCUCACUUGUCACUUUAAAUAACUUUGUCCUACUUUCACUUUUACAUUUUUUUUGUGAUGAUUUGUUUUUUAACUUGUUCUGAGUUUCCUAUCUUCAGCUUUUUGUGUGUUGCUUGAAUGCUUCAUGUUUUAUUUGGCUUUAUUUCAGAAAUACGAGGGAAUUGAGGACGUUUGUAUUUCUGCUCUGUAAGACGGUCUAAAUCCUGGACUUAAGAUUUUCUAUUAAUAAAAUACAUUUUUCACUCU